AAGUGACAGGUGCGGCCGGAAAAUUCACUGAUGCAGCCGGUAAAGUGACAGAUAACGUAUUACUGCCGCUGCCAUGGAAACUAAAAUUACCUGACAUAAAGUAGCCAUGAAAAUUUAUUCAUGACGAUUUCGGGAAAAGAUUACUUAUUUGUUUAAAACGAAGGACAAAAAACAACAAGUGCCUUUUCGUAAGCCGCGUCGACUCUCUGCGUGUAGUAUUAAUUGCAGCCGUGGGGGCGUCCGUUACAGUACUAACUAAUAUCUUUAUUGACGAAGGUCAACCUAGACUACCGAUUUAUCGUCAGUACUUGAAACAGAUUAAUUUAAUAUAUGCAAUGAGAUCGUAUAAUGGAAUCAUUUAUUUUAGUCACAUGCGGUAGAUAAUCGGUGGGUGCUACGACGAUUAGUAAUUCCAGUUUACACAGUAGGUGAAGCAACUAAACCAAUACUUGAUGUGAAGUGUCCUCUACAACUACAAAUCGCUAAUUAAGAAUAUAUUAUCCAGUAACCGCAAAGUCUACUUGUUAGUAUAGUUUUAACGUAAAAUGGAAAGCAACUCCCCGCUCGUCACUAUUAGUCAAGGCAACUUGCAAGGAAAAAUUAACACCGAUUAUAAAGGAAGACCGUAUUACAGUUUUCAAGGGAUCCCUUACGCUGAACCACCGCUGGGAGAUCUGAGAUUUAAGGCACCCCGCCCACCAAAGCCAUGGGAAGGCACACGCGAUGCUACUAAGGAAGGAUCAAUGAGUAUCUCUACAGACAUGAUCAAAAGAGUGCCUGUAGGAUCAGAAGACUGCCUUUUCCUAAACGUGUUUACACCGCAAUUACCCGGUGAAAAUACAAACUUAAAACCGGUAAUGUUUUGGAUACAUGGUGGCGCAUUCACAACUGGAAGUGGUGGAUCAGAAAUCUAUGGACCCGACUUUUUAAUAACGAAAGACGUUGUUAUUGUCACAAUUAAUUACAGGCUAGGACUGUUAGGUUUUCUAAGCGUUGACGAUCCAGAAUGUGAAGUAACGGGAAAUGCGGGACUUAAAGAUCAGGUUAUGGCAUUAAUAUGGGUUAAGAAUAAUAUUGCUAAAUUCGGCGGAGAUCCAAAUAACGUUACUAUUUUUGGGGAAAGCGCUGGAGCGGUGUCUGUUCAUUUCCUAAUAUUAUCCCCGGCUGCGAAGGGUCUAUUUCACGCGGCUAUAAUGCAAAGUGGUUGUGCGCUGAUGAGCUAUCCAGAAGUAGGAGCGUUACUACCAUCAUUGGCGGAGCUUUUAGAACUGAAAUCAACAGACACAAAAGAAGUUCUUAACACCUUAAACCGAAUGUCCGUUGAAGAAAUUUUGCAAUUACAAGAAAAACUCCCACUGAUAGCGGACAUUUCCAUACCUCCACCAUUGUGGCCAGUCGUGGAAAAAACGGCAACCAAAUUCCCUUUUAUCACGCAGAAACCAUUGGAUAUAAUCAUGUCCGGGAAAUACAACCACGUUCCCAUGAUCGUAGGGUUCACUUCUAGGGAAGGGAUGUUGUUUGAAGUAAACAGCCAGCGAAUCCACGGGGAAGUAAAGUAUUUAACCGAUUUUGAAGGGGAAAUACCGCACAUGAUGCACAUUACAAGGGGCAGUGAUUUAUCCAAGAGUAUCGCAGGGAAAAUUAAAACCUUUUAUUUUGGCCAGGAAGUGCCAUCUAAAGAUAACGCAAACCAAUCCUAUUUACUAAAAGGAGACAAUAUUUUUGUGUUCCCUACAUAUGCAACAGUAAAACACCACUGCUCAACGUCCAAGAAACCAGUUUAUUUAUAUCGCAUGACAGUUGACUCUAAUUUAAAUAUGUUUAAGAAAAUAAUGGGAGUCACAACUGCCGGAGCGUGUCAUGCAGACGACGUAGGCUACAUUUUCAAGACUGCCUUCACUCCUCCGAUUAUUCCAAAUAGUAUUGAGGACAAAUCCCUUAGGCGAUUUACAACACUUUGGACUAACUUCGCCAAAACAGGAAACCCGAAUCCUAUUAAUAAGGACACGCUUCUUAACGUCCAGUGGAUGCCCGCGCGCCCAGAAGAAUUUCACUUUAUUGAUAUUGGAGAUAAUUUAACUGUUGGACUAAAUCCCGAGGGGGAUAGAAUGGCAUUUUGGAAAGAAUUAUUGGCUAUGAGCCCAUAUACUUCUAAUAUUUUGUAAUGAAUGCAACAAUAUAACUGUUCAUAAUAGAAUAUUGUUUGGA